AUGGACCUCAGCCCGAUAUGUCAGAUAAUUACACCAGUGGGCAUGCUGGGAUACGGCUUCGACGAGACCCUCACCCACCACGAACUCGCUGGUCUUGUACAAAAUGGCAUUCCAACAGCAAUCAUCCUAGACUCGGGAUCAACAGAUAGUGGACCGCAGAAACUCGCCCUAGGGUCCAUGUCGUGUCCUCGCGAGGCAUACGCCAAGGAUCUUGCUAAGCUGCUUCGGCUUGUGCAUAAAUUUCGUGUGCCGCUCAUCUUUGGGUCCGCUGGCGGGGAUGGAACGGAUGAGCAUGUGAAGGUGAUGGAGGAGAUCAUAAAUGAAAUUACGGCGGAGGAAGAAAAUAAGGAUUAUUUGUUCAAUACGAUAUCUUUAUUCUCCAACAUCGACAAAACAACCAUCAUCGAGCGAUUUAGACAAGGUCGUGUAACCGGAUGUGGUCCAUGCGUCCCUCCAGCAUCAGAAACCGAGAUCGAAGCAUCGCUCCGAGUUGUAGCUCAGAUGGGAUACGAACCCUUCCUCGACGCCAUGAACGCCAAUCCCGAAUUCGACAUCAUCAUAGGCGGCAGGGCAUACGAUCCAGCUCCAUAUGUCGCAUAUUGCGUAUACCAACUAACCCGACAGUCCGGAUCUCUCAGCACCGAAGAGCUAGAGUCUAGUCUGGGCGGCUUCUACCACAUGGGCAAAAUCUUGGAAUGUGGAGGUCUAUGUGCCCUGCCGAAAUCUCACGGUGCUGUGGCUACUGUCUAUGCGAACGGCUUAUUCAACGUUAGACCUACAGCCACAGAGUCUAUAUGUACCCCUCUAUCCGUUGCCGCUCACACUCUGUAUGAGAAUACAAGACCCGAUGUUCUGAAAGGACCUGGGGGCUCCCUCCAUCUCCAAGAUUCAAAGUACAAACAGUUAUCUGAUGAGAGGUCAGUGAGGGUUAGUGGGAGUAUAUACCGCUCUUCAGAAGCCGAUGGGAAACCAUAUCAGCUCAAGCUCGAGGCUGCACGCAUCGUGGGCUAUCGCUCAAUGUUCAUGGGUAGCGUUAAAGAUCACAUCCUCGUUUCCCAGAUUGAUAGUUUCCUCCCACGGGUGAAAGCAUAUGUUGACCAACAGCACCCCGAAAUAAAAGGUCAAUACAAGCUCGACUUCCAUGUGUACGGCAAAAAUCAGUUUACUCCAAGUGGACCUGGCCAAUUAUUCAUCGUUGCAGAAGCUCUUGCGCCGACGCAGCGUUUGGCAAACAGCAUUGCAUCCAAGGCAAGAGUUGGCAUGAUCCAUGCUCCUUAUCCAGGCCAGAAGGCCACAGCUGGGAACUUUGGCUUUGGGCUUGGUGGACUCAUGGAAAUUGAGCUGGGACCUUGUGCUGAGUUUUCUUUGUAUCACUUGAUGGAUUUGGAGCCGAAUGAGCAGAGACUUUCUCUUAAUCAGAGCGAUGGCACACUCGAGGGUUCUUUGUUAAGAGGCAGGAUUUCUACGAUCGGAAGAGGGUCUCCGAUGCAGACCAGAGGAGACUACGUUGCGCCGCAGACCGACGACAAAUCCGCUCAGCAGACACCUAAACGUGAUCAACAUGUUGACAAAGACACCCUAAGCCAACCUGUCCAAAGGCCCCAGACACUGUCAGAUCUAUGCCACAUCAUCCGAUCCAAGAACGCCGGCCCGUACGAGAUCACCAUAGACGCAAUCUUCUCCUCAGAGGCGGAAUACCAAGAGGUCAAAGCUUCUGGAUUUCUCUCACCGCGGAACGUGGCAGAUGCUCUUGGAAUUCCGGAGGGAGAUAUUAUCUGGAUUGGGUUCUUUGAUCCUGCCAUAUCGUUCAAGGUUACAAUCCCGAGGGUACGUUCAGGUAGGCAGAAAUCGGCUGGUGGGUUCAUGGAGAAUGAUAUCCAUGGGUCGCAGGAGCAUAUGGGAUUGGCGAGUCUUAAACUCCCUGGGGCUGGCUUUCAUCUUUAG